AAGGGAUAAGAAAACAUUUCUUCCUGCCCAAUUCACCUCCUCCUCCCCCACCACCACUACUGGCGCCUCGAGCACCAUCGCCACCAUCUCCGCCGUCGUGGAGCUCGAUUAUCAGUGUUUAUGGCUUCAGAUUUCACAAAACUGGUGGAAGCUCUCUUUGAGGACAAAUCAUCGCCCUCCGAUCUCUGUCAGAGGCUCCGCUCCGAUGACUCUAUCAAGGCUGGCCUCCAAGCCUUCUACUCCAUUCUCAAAAACGCUGUCGUUUCCACGGACCCCAAACUGAGCCUCCUCUCCUGGGACAACUCUCAGAUUCAAUCCGUCGUCUCUAUUGCUCAAGCGAUUGCUUCUUCUACGCGAUCCCUCUCACUGGAGCAUGUGGAGCCAAUAAUUGUGGCGGUCGUGCAACAGUCAAUAGAGUUUGCUAUUUUUUAUUUGGAGGGAUCAGCCUUGAAGAGUGAUGAUUUGAGUAUUCAGAAUAAUGUCGUUCAGCUAUUGGAGAUAGCAUUAGUUGCUGGAGUGGAUAAAGAACCUGAUCCAUCACAACCAUGCUCUGUGUAUACCCUUGUAGAUUUGUUGCCUUUGCUCACUGUUAAAUCUGGUGAUAUUGAAUUGGAAAACCACAUUAAAUGCAAUCCUCAAGGGGUAAGUUGCUCAAGGGGAGAGAAACCAGUUGAUCGGCUUCUAAUGACUUUAGCUUCUGAAUGUAUGCAACCAGAUAGCCAGAUGCAACGGUUUACUGGACCCAAUUUUCACCAAGAUUUGAAUAAGUUGGUUUCUCUAUCUCAGCAUUGGGCAGUCCUUCAUGUAGGAUGUAUUCAACGUCUCAUCCGGCUUUGCAAAGAACUGCUUAUACUUCCAGACAUGUUUGAUGAUGAGAAGACAGCAGGAAUAAAUUUCCGCAAGAGACUGUCCUUUGGGUUAAGGAUUUUAAAAUUACUUGGAAGUCUUACAAGAGACAUCCCAUAUGUUGAAUAUGAUCCUGCAUUGUUGCAAGCAGUUGCUUCAUGUGCUGAUGUACUACCUAGCUUGUUUAAACCUGGAUUUGAAUUUGCAAAUAGCCAUGCACCUGUUGAGAGUAGUUUUGAGAACCUUGUAUUGUUGCUUUUGGAAGAGUUUCUUCAUCUCGUCCGUGUUAUAUUCUGGACUAGCAGUGUUUUUCAGAAUAUCCAGGCUUGUAUUAUAGCUUCAGUAUUGGACAAUUUGGAUUCUGAUGUAUGGAGAUACAACAAGUCCGCAGCUAACCCAAAGCCCCCAUUAGCUUAUUUCCCUCGAAGCGUUAUUUACAUUCUAAAACUCAUUGUGGAAGUCAAAAAACAAACAUAUCAGGCUUUUGAUGUCCAAGAUGAUUUCCAGAUUGAUUCCCCUUCAUGUCGCCUUCAUUCUGAAAAAAUUUCUUUGCUAAAGAAAUAUACAGUUGAGGAGCUACUAAAAAAGAUAUUUCCUUCAUCCAAUCAAUGGGUGGACAAUCUGAUGGAUCUUGUUUUCUUUCUUCAUUCUGAAGGUGUGAAGUUAAGGCCAAAACUGGAGAGGUCGUUUUCAAGUUGUGCAAAAGCUAGUUGCAACUCUGAAACAGAGAAUGCUGUUUGUCAUGAAGAUGAAGCCCUUUUUGGAGACCUUUUCUCCGAGGGUGGUCGGUCUGUAGGAUCUACAGAUGGAUGUGAUCAAGCCCCUGCUUCAGUCAAUCCGACUUCCAACUACUGCAAUAUGCCAAUUCAAGCUGCUUCAGAAGUAUUGGGAUUUCUAAAAGAUUGUGCCUUUUCACCAGAAUGGCACACCUCAGUUUAUGAGGAUGGUUGUAAAAAGCUUAGUGGGAAGCACAUUGAUAUUCUGCUUUCCAUACUCAAUUGUCAGGGCUGCUAUUCUGAAGACAGGAUUUCUGACAACCUUACAGGUUUACAAGAGCAGAGGAAGACUGGACACGUCCAUGAACUUUGCUUUGAAUUGCUGCACAAUCUUCUCACACGUCAUGCUUUGUCUGAUUCACUUGAAGAAUACCUUUUUGGGCAAAUCCUUAAUGUUGAUAGUGGUUGCUUCAUUUACAAUGAUCUAACCCUAACUUUGCUAGCUCACUCUCUCAUCUGUAGAGUAGGUUUGGCUGGUAGCCAGUUGAGAAGCAAAAUUUACAGGGGAUAUAUAGAUUUCAUUGUUGAGAAGACAAAAGCUCUCUAUUCAAAAUGUCCAAGCCUCAAGGAACUUUUUGGGACUCUUCCCUCCGUGUUUCACAUCGAGAUUCUCCUUAUGGCAUUCCAUUUAUCUUCAGAAGGUGAAAAGGCAACACUUGCAAACUUAAUUUUUUCUUCCCUCAGAACAAUUGAUGCUCCUGCUGAUGGUUUUAACAGCACUCAAUUGUCAUGCUGGGCUAUACUAGUUUCAAGGUUGAUUUUAGUGCUUCGUCAUAUGAUAUUUUACCCCCGUGCUUGUCCUUCAUCAUUGCUUCUUGAUUUGAGAUCCAAGUUGAGGGAAGCACCACUUGCUGGAUCCAAUCCUUCUGUUAACCCAAGUGAUAAUUUGUCAUCUUGGGCAUCAAUUGCAGUUGAGAACAUAAUGGGUGCAUGGAUCAAAGAAGACCCUUUCCUCAGUAGUUUGGUCAAUCAACUUUCUGAUGUUGCAUCACUUCCUGCUUCACUUUGUAGGGAUGAUCUUGCCAUCCAAUCCUUAUGCUUGCAUUGGGAUGAUAUAUGUGCCUCCUUCUAUUGGAUUCUGGGGUUCUGGAAAGGCAAGAAAGCUACAACCGUGGAAGACCUUAUUCUUGAAAGGUACAUUUUUAUACUUUGUUGGGAUAUUCCUACAAUGGGCUCUGCAUUAGACCAUCCCCUGCCACUCUGGAAUGACUUGCAGACUCUCGAUUUAUCAGAUGUAAAGUAUUUCUUUCAUUUUAGCCAUUCUUUUCUAGGUCAUUCUGGUGUUAUUGGUGAGGGCAUUAGCUUUUUGGAUGUGGUAAUUGGUGUACUGCAGCACUUGCAUGCUGUGCACAUAACAGAUGACAUUGAAGACCUGGGCUGGGAUUUCUUGAGGAAUGGAAUGUGGUUGUCUCUGGUACUCUCCUUGCUUCAAACCGGAAUUGGGGAAUAUUGCCUAAAAAACAGUGUCCCUGGAAUGGGUCCAAUCUCUCCUGAAUAUGCAUCCAGUGAUAAUGAAUAUCUUACUCUUGCAGAAGGCCUAAUUUCCAGUUUAUUAGAGGCUGGGCAAGUUGCCAAAGUCUCAAGGAUAUUGUCAUCUUUCUUGAACAGAUAUUUACAAGCUUACCAGAAAGCAUUUCUCUCUACAAUUGACAAUGGCCAGUACCAUGGUGAUAGGUUUUCACCUUUAUUGCUUCUCAAACAUACUGGUGUUGACAAAUGCAUGCAGGAUGGGCUUCUUGAGAAAAGUGGAAUAAAUCCUUGUCAUCUGGAGUCUGUUUAUGGUCUCUUAUCAAAGUUGGAUCAGAUGGUUAAGAAAAGAGCUUCUGGAUUCCUAUCUAAGGUCUUUUGGGAAUGUAUAUUGCAUGGUUUCCCUUCUCAUCUUCAAGCUUCCAGUGGAAUUCUUCUUUCAUGCAUUCUAAGCAUAAGAGGGAUCAUUUGCAUUCUAGAGGGGCUGCUGAAAAUCAAGGAUGCGAGGGGAAACAUUCUUAUGGAGACUGAGGUUCUGCAGGAGAUCCUUGAUUCGGUGAUGACUAUCAAGUGUGAUAGGAUCUUUGAAAGCCUUCAUGGGAAUUGUGAAGCUAUUUAUCACAGUUUGAGUGCUGGAAUGGAAGGAUCAGAUUUUAGCUACCUAUUUCAGAUGAAGCAGAUGGAAGGUUUUCUAAGGGAUAUCAAUGCUGGGGAAGUGAGUGAUGGUAGUAUCCAUGAAUGUAUAGUGACCAAGGCAAUCGAUAUGAUGGAUAUCCUCAGGAAAGACCCUUCACUGGCUGUCAUUUUCAAAUUUUAUGUCAGUAUGGUUGAUGUGUCUGAAAAGGUCGAGGAGCUUUAUGGGUUGCAACGUGGUGAUUUAUUGGUUCUGGUUGAUUCAUUGGAUAAUUGUUACUCUGAAUCGGUUAACGUGAAGGUCCUUAACUUCUUUGUUGAUCUUUUAUCUGGAGACCUCUGCCCUGACCUCAAGCAGAAGAUACAAACAAAAUUUCUUAGCAUGGAUUUGCUUUGUCUGUCUAAAUGGUUGGAGAAGAGGCUGGUGGGUUGUGCAGUAGAUGCCUCAGAAGGGGUUUCCUGUGCAAAAGCCAGUUCCACAACUCUCAGAGAAUCAACUAUGAAUUUUAUUUUAUGCCUUGUAUCCCCACAUGAUAUGCAAUCAAAAGAGCUACAUAGUCAUUUGUUUGAAGCCAUGCUGAUUUCACUUGAUACAGCAUUUAUUUUAUUUGAUAUCCAUACAGCCAAGUCCUAUUUCCAUUUUAUAGUUCAACUUUCUAGAGGGGAAUCCCUGAUGAAGCCACUUUUAAAGAGGACUGUAGCAUUGAUGGAAAAGCUGGCUGGUGACGAGGGUCUGCUUCAAGGGUUAAAGUUUCUCUUUGGUUUUCUUGGAACUGUCUUGAGUGAUUGUAGGUCUAAUAAGAGUACCUUGGAAAAAUCUCCUGGGAAGCCUUUUUCUAGCGGUAGUAUUGGGGUUGGACCUGUGGCUUCUAGACCAGUAGGUUCAAGGAAAAAUUCUGAAACAUUGGUUCUUUCAGCUAAUCAAGAAACAGGAUCGGCUUCUCUUGAAUGUGAUGCAACUUCUGUAGAUGAAGAUGAGGAUGAUGGAACAUCUGAUGGUGAGGUUGCUAGCAUGGAUAAGGAUGAGGAAGAUGACAGUAACAGUGAAAGGGCACUUGCUUCCAAGGUAUGCACAUUUACAUCCAGUGGCAGCAAUUUUAUGGAACAACACUGGUAUUUUUGUUAUACAUGUGAUCUGACUGUGUCGAAAGGAUGUUGCUCUGUGUGUGCCAAAGUUUGUCAUCGUGAUCAUCGUGUUGUUUAUUCUCGUUCAAGUCGAUUCUUUUGUGACUGUGGAGCGGGGGGUGUCAGAGGUAGCAAUUGCCAAUGCUUGAAGCCUCGAAAAUUCACUGGAAGUAACAGUGCACCUGUUCGUGGUUCUGUUAACUUUCAGUCCUUUUUACCUUUCACUGAGGAUGGAGAUCAGCUUCCAGAUAGCGAUUCAGAUCUGGAUGAGGAUGGAUGCACAGAUGUAGAUAACUCAGUCAGCUUGUCUAUUUCAAGAGAGCUUCAAGAUGGAAUGCCAGUAUUACUUGAAGAACUUGAUGUUGAGGGUCAGGUUCUUGAACUUUGCUCUUCUCUGCUGCCUUCAAUAGUUAGCAAAAGAGACUCCAACCUUUCACAAGAUAAGAAAAUUAUUCUGGGCAAAGAUAAGGUGCUGUCUUAUGGUGUUGAUAUUCUGCAAUUGAAGAAGGCAUAUAAAAGUGGAUCAUUGGAUCUGAAGAUAAAGGCAGAUUAUUCGAAUGCAAAGGAACUUAAAUCCCAUCUGUCCAGUGGUUCUCUUGUCAAAUCUUUACUCAGUGUCAGUAUUCGAGGUCGACUUGCUGUUGGGGAAGGUGACAAAGUUGCUAUAUUUGAUGUUGGCCACCUGAUUGGACAAGCCACCAUUGCACCUGUAACAGCCGACAAGACCAAUGUUAAGCCCCUCUCCAAGAAUGUUGUUCGGUUUGAAAUUGUACAUCUUGUUUUCAAUCCAGUGGUAGAGAACUAUCUUGCUGUUGCAGGCUUUGAGGAUUGCCAGGUGCUCACUUUAAGUCCUCGUGGUGAGGUGACUGACCGUCUUGCCAUUGAACUUGCUCUGCAAGGUGCCUAUAUUAGACGGAUAGACUGGGUUCCAGGUUCUCAAGUUCAGCUAAUGGUGGUCACCAAUAGGUUUGUCAAAAUAUAUGAUCUAUCUCAGGACAAUAUCAGUCCCAUGCACUACUUCACAUUGUCUGAUGACAUGAUUGUAGAUGCAACACUACUUGUGGCUUCUCAAGGGAGAGUGUUUCUUAUUGUUCUUUCUGAACUUGGAAGCUUAUAUAGGCUGGAAUUGUCAUUGGAGGGUAAUGUUGGGGCCAAACCAUUGAAGGAAAUUAUUCAUAUUCAGGAUAGGAACAUUCAGGCAAAAGGCUCAUCCGUGUACUUCUCCUCGACAUAUAAAUUGCUUUUCAUAUCCUACCAAGAUGGAACUACCUUUAUAGGUCGGCUAAAUCCAAAUGCAACAUCUCUAACUGAGAUAUCUGCUGUAUAUGAGGAUGAGCAAGAUGGUAAACUGCGACCAGCUGGACUGCAUCGUUGGAAGGAGUUGCUGGUUGGGAGUGGGUUAUUCGUUUGCUUCUCAAGUGUGAAACCGAAUGUUGCACUUGCCAUAUCAAUGGGUUCUAAUGAGUUGUUUGCACAGAACAUGCGGCAUGCAGUGGGUUCGACCUCACCACUGGUAGGGAUAACUGCUUACAAGCCUUUGUCCAAAGAUAAAAUUCAUUGUCUUGUUUUGCAUGAUGAUGGCAGCCUUCAGAUAUACUCGCAUGUUCCCAUGGGAGUCGAUGCAGGUGCAAGUGUGACCUUGGAUAAAGUUAAAAGAUUGGGUUCAGAUAUCCUCAACAAUAAAGCUUAUGCUGGUACAAACCCAGAAUUCCCACUUGAUUUUUUUGAGAAAACAGUCUGCAUAACUGCAGAUGUGAAGUUGGGUGGUGAUGCUGUCAGAAAUGGCGAUUCAGAAGGAGCUAAGCAUAGCUUGGUAUCCGAGGAUGGAUUUCUAGAAAGCCCCAGCCCUGCAGGAUUUAAGAUAACUGUUGCCAAUUCAAAUCCUGAUAUUGUCAUGGUGGGUUUUCGUGUGCAUGUGGGUAAUACAUCUGCAAGCCAUAUACCUUCUGAUAUUACCAUAUUCCAGAGAGUGAUUAAAUUAGAUGAUGGCAUGCGCUCUUGGUAUGAUAUUCCAUUUACAGUUGCUGAAUCACUUCUUGCUGAUGAAGAAUUUACAGUAUCUGUUGGGUCAACCUUCAAUGGCUCUGCACUACCUAGAAUAGAUUCACUGGAAGUUUACGGCCGAGCUAAGGAUGAAUUUGGAUGGAAAGAAAAAAUGGAUGCAAUUUUGGAUAGAGAAGCUCGUGUUCUUGGUUGUAACUCCUGGGUUGCAGGAUCUGGGAAAAAGUGCCGUUCAAUGCAGUCUGCUCCUAUUCAGGAGCAGGUGGUAGCGGAUGGCCUCAAGCUUCUGUCUAGGUUAUAUUCUGUGUGUAGGCCACAAGGAUGCUCAAAAGUUGAGGAAGUGAAAUCUGAGCUGAACAAACUUAAGUGCAAGCUGUUAUUAGAAACUAUAUUUGAGAGUGACAGGGAGCCCUUGUUGCAGGCUGCUGCUUGCUGUGUGCUGCAGGCUGUGUUUCCUAGAAGGGAAAUAUAUUACCAAGUUAAGGACACAAUGCGCCUUCUUGGGGUGGUGAAAUCUACCUCUGUUCUCUCUUCAAGGUUGGGUGUUGGCGGUACUACAGCUGGGUGGAUUAUUGAAGAGUUUACAGCCCAGAUGCGUGCAGUCUCUAAAAUUGCAUUGCAUCGUCGAUCAAACUUGGCUACUUUUCUGGAGAUAAAUGGUUCUGAAGUGGUGGAUGGGCUCAUGCAAGUUUUAUGGGGAAUUUUGGACAUAGAGCAGCCCGACACGCAGACUAUGAACAACAUUGUAGUAUCCUCUGUAGAACUUAUUUAUUGCUAUGCUGAAUGUCUGGCUUUACAUGGAAGAGAUACAGGAGGACGAUCUGUUGCACCAGCUGUUGUAUUAUUCAAGAAACUUCUGUUUUCCCCCAAUGAGGCCGUUCAAACAUCCAGCAGCUUGGCUAUAUCUUCAAGACUGCUCCAGGUUCCAUUUCCAAAGCAAACUAUGUUACCUACAGAUGAUGUGGUAGAGAGCACAGUAUCUACAUCAGUGACUGCUGAUGCAGCUGGUGGAAAUACCCAGGUCAUGAUUGAGGAAGACUCCAUUACUUCAUCUGUUCAGUACUGUUGUGAUGGUUGCUCCACUGUUCCUAUACUUAGACGGAGAUGGCAUUGUAACGUUUGCCCUGAUUUUGAUUUAUGUGAGGCAUGUUAUGAACUAGACGCAGACCGACUUCCUCCACCGCAUUCUAGAGAUCAUCUUAUGUCAGCAAUUCCAAUUGAAGUGGAAACAUUAGGAGGAGAUGGCAGUGAAAUUCACUUCUCCACUGAUGACUUAAGCGAAUCAAGCUUGUUGCCGGUGACAACUGAUGUUACUGUGCAGAAUUCUACUCCAGCAAUCCAUGUGUUGGAACCCAAUGAAUCUGGAGAAUUUUCUGCUUCGGUGAUUGAUCCUGUCUCAAUUUCGGCAUCAAAAAGGGCUGUAAAUUCAUUGCUUCUCUCUGAGCUUCUUGAACAGCUGAAAGGAUGGAUGAAGACAACCUCUGGGCUUCAGGCUAUACCUGUUAUGCAGCUCUUCUACAGAUUAUCAUCUGCUGUAGGUGGACCUUUUAUAGACAGCUCAAGACCUGAAAGCUUAGAUCUGGAGAAAUUAAUCAAAUGGUUUUUGGAUGAGAUUAAUCUCAGUAAACCUUUUGUAGCCAAAACUCGUUCUCCUUUUGGGGAAGUUGCAAUCCUUGUCUUCAUGUUCUUCACCUUGAUGCUACGAAACUGGCACCAGCCAGGCAGUGAUGGUUCUAUUCCAAAGUCAAGUGGAGGUUCAGAUAUGCAGGAUAAAAGCAAUAUUCAGAUUCCACCCUCCACUUCAAUUGUGGCUCCAUCUUCAUUGGAUGAUCAAGAGAAACAUGAUUCUGCAUCUCAACUGCUUCAAGCUUGCAGUUCUCUUAGGCAGCAAGCAUUUGUUAAUUAUCUAAUGGAUAUUCUACAGCAGCUGGUGCAUGUUUUUAAGUCCCCUAAUGUUAAUUUUGAAGCUGCACAUGGUGCAAACCCUGGCUUGGGGUGUGGGGCUCUACUAACAGUUCGAAGAGAGCUACCAGCUGGCAAUUUCUCUCCAUUCUUUUCAGAUUCAUAUGCAAAGGCCCAUCGCAUGGAUAUUUUCAUGGACUACCAUAGACUACUGUUAGAGAAUGCUUUCCGGCUGGUAUAUGGUUUGGUUCGACCAGAAAAACAAGACAAGACUGGAGAGAAAGAGAAGGUUUACAAGAUGUCCUCUGGUAAGGAUCUGAAGCUAGAUGGUUACCAGGAUGUUCUCUGCAGUUACAUCAACAAUUCUCAUACCACAUUUGUAAGAAGGUAUGCUAGGAGGCUUUUUCUACAUCUAUGUGGAAGCAAGACUCAUUAUUACAGUGUUCGAGACUCUUGGCAAUUCUCCAGUGAAGCCAAGAAACUUUACAAACAUGUAAAUAAAUCUGGUGGUUUUCAGAAUCCUGUUCCAUAUGAGAGAAGUGUCAAGAUAGUGAAGUGCCUGUCUACAAUGGCUGAAGUAGCUGCUGCCCGGCCUCGGAACUGGCAGAAGUAUUGUUUGAGGAAUGGAGAUGUUUUGCCAUAUCUGAUGAAUGGGAUAUUCUAUUUUGGGGAAGAGUCUGUGGUUCAGACACUUAAGCUCUUAAGUUUGGCCUUCUAUACAGGAAAAGACAUCAGCCACUCUCUACCAAAAGCUGAAGCAGGAGAUGCAGGAACAAGUUCAAACAAAUCAGGCACAGUCUCUCUGGAUUCAAAGAAAAAGAAAAAGGGUGAAGAUGGAUCUGAAUCUGCUUCAGAGAAGUCCUAUUUGGAUAUGGAGCCAGCGGUGGAUAUCUUUACUGAGAAGGGUGGUGAUGUCCUCAGGCAAUUCAUCAAUUCCUUUUUACUGGAGUGGAAUUCAAGCUCUGUGAGGAUUGAAGCCAAAUGUGUUCUUUAUGGUGUUUGGCAUCAUGGAAAGCAGUCAUUCAAGGAAACCAUGUUAGUAGCUCUCUUGCAAAAAGUGGAAUGUCUGCCGAUGUAUGGCCAGAAUAUUGUUGAAUAUACCGAGCUUGUAACCUGGUUGCUGGGGAAAGUUCCUGAUACUAGUUCAAAGCCACAGAGCACUGAACUUGUUGACCGAUGCUUGACUACUGAUGUAGUUAGGUGCAUAUUUGAGACACUUCACUCACAAAAUGAGCUUUUAGCUAAUCAUCCUAAUUCCCGCAUCUACAACACUUUAAGUGGUCUGGUGGAAUUUGAUGGUUACUAUCUUGAGAGUGAACCUUGUGUUGCUUGCAGCUCUCCUGAGGUACCCUACAGCAGAAUGAAGCUAGAAAGUCUUAAAUCUGAAACAAAGUUCACCGACAACCGCAUAAUAGUGAAAUGCACUGGGAGCUACACUAUCCAAACUGUGACCAUGAAUGUUCAUGAUGCCCGUAAAUCAAAAUCUGUGAAAGUUUUGAACCUGUACUAUAACAAUAGGCCUGUGGCUGACCUGUCGGAGUUGAAAAACAAUUGGGCCUUGUGGAAGCGUGCAAAGAGUUGUCAUCUUGCCUUCAAUCAGACUGAGCUGAAAGUGGAUUUCCCCAUUCCAAUCACUGCAUGUAACUUCAUGAUUGAGCUGGAUUCAUUCUAUGAAAAUCUUCAGGCGUUGUCACUUGAACCAUUGCAGUGCCCACGUUGCAGUCGACCUGUCACUGAUAAGCAUGGAAUUUGCAGCAAUUGCCAUGAGAAUGCUUAUCAGUGUAGGCAAUGCCGCAAUAUUAAUUAUGAGAACUUGGAUUCUUUUCUAUGCAAUGAGUGUGGAUAUAGCAAAUAUGGCCGUUUUGAAUUCAACUUCAUGGCAAAGCCAAGUUUUACAUUUGAUAGCAUGGAGAAUGAUGAUGAUAUGAAGAGGGGAUUGACAGCUAUAGAAGCUGAAUCUGAAAAUGCCCAUAGGAGGUAUCAGCAGCUUUUGGGAUUCAAAAAGCCCUUGCUUAAGAUUGUAUCAAGCAUUGGUGAGAAUGAAAUGGACUCACAACAGAAGGACUCUGUACAGCAAAUGAUGGUCUCUUUGCCUGGACCUUCAUGUAAGAUAAAUCGGAAAAUUGCUCUUCUUGGUGUCCUAUAUGGUGAGAAGUGCAAAGCUGCCUUUGAUUCUGUCAGCAAAAGUGUUCAGACCUUGCAAGGGCUUCGUCGGGUUUUGAUGAAUUAUUUGCACCAGAAACACUCUGAUAAUGCAGUGGCCUCAUCAAGGUUUGUGGUUUCCAGGUCACCAAAUAGUUGCUAUGGCUGUGCAACAACAUUUGUAGCACAGUGUCUUGAGAUAUUGCAGGUGCUGUCCAAGCACCCAAAUUCUAAGAAACAACUUGUUGCUGCUAGCAUUUUAUCGGAGUUGUUUGAAAACAAUAUUCAUCAAGGUCCAAAAACAGCUCGCAUUCAAGCCAGGGCAGUACUUUGUGCUUUCUCUGAAGGUGAUGCAAAUGCUGUUUCUGAGUUGAACAGCUUAAUACAGAAGAAAGUCAUGUACUGCCUUGAACAUCAUCGCUCCAUGGACAUUGCCCUUGCUAGUCGUGAAGAGUUGUUAUUGCUUUCAGAGGUGUGUUCUUUGGCAGAUGAAUUCUGGGAGUCAAGAUUACGUGUUGUCUUUCAGUUGUUAUUUUCUUCAAUUAAAUUGGGUGCCAAACAUCCUGCCAUUGCUGAGCAUGUUAUUCUUCCUUGUCUAAGGAUAAUAUCUCAGGCAUGUACCCCUCCAAAACCUGAUACGGUAGACAAAGAGCAGGGGUUGGGAAAAUCAACUCCACUUUUGCAGAGUAAGGAUGAAAACAAUUCAAAUUCAUCUGGAUCUGUGAGUGGCCAUGGUGGUGGGAGUAAGUCAGUUGCAGAAUUAUCAGAAAAAAAUUGGGAUGGUUCUCAGAAGACUCAGGAUAUUCAAUUAUUGAGCUACUCAGAGUGGGAAAAAGGAGCAUCAUAUCUUGAUUUUGUCAGGAGGCAGUACAAAGUUUCUCAGGCAGUUAAAAGCUCUGGCCAGAGGCCCCGACCUCAAAGAUAUGAUUACCUGGCUCUCAAAUAUGCCCUCAGAUGGAAGCGCAAUGCUUGUAAGACAUCUAAGGGUGAAUUGUCAGCAUUUGAGCUAGGGUCAUGGGUUACAGAACUAGUACUGAGUGCUUGUUCUCAAUCUAUAAGGUCGGAGAUGUGCAUGCUGAUUAGUUUGCUUUGUGCCCAAAGUCCAGCAAGGAGAUUUCGGUUAUUAAACUUACUCAUGGCUUUGUUACCAGCAACUCUCUCUGCUGGUGAAAGUGCUGCCGAAUAUUUUGAAUUGCUCUUCAAGAUGAUAGAUUCAGAAGAUGCACGUCUGUUCUUGACUGUACGGGGAUGUCUAACUAAAAUAUGUAAAUUAAUUUCCCAAGAAGUGGGUAAUAUUGAGUCUUUAGAGAGGAGCCUGCACAUUGACAUUUCACAGGGUUUCAUCCUUCACAAGCUUAUAGAGCUCCUUGGCAAAUUUUUAGAGGUUCCCAAUAUCAGAUCAAGAUUCAUGCGGGACAACUUGCUGUCUGAAAUCCUUGAGGCCCUUAUUGUCAUUAGAGGUCUGAUAGUGCAGAAGACGAAGUUAAUAAGUGAUUGCAAUCGGCUUCUAAAAGAUCUUUUGGAUGGCCUUUUACUCGAGAGCAGUGAGAAUAAACGCCAGUUUAUCCGUGCCUGUAUCUGUGGUCUGCAAAUUCAUGGAGAAGAGAGAAAAGGACGAACUUCUUUGUUCAUCUUGGAGCAACUCUGCAAUUUGAUCUGCCCAUCAAAACCUGAAUCUGUAUAUCUCUUAGUCCUUAACAAGGCGCACACACAAGAAGAAUUUAUUAGGGGAUCAAUGACUAAGAAUCCUUACUCCAGCGCUGAGAUUGGUCCCCUGAUGCGUGAUGUCAAGAACAAAAUCUGCCAUCAGUUGGAUCUAUUAGGUCUACUUGAAGAUGACUAUGGCAUGGAGUUGCUUGUAGCUGGGAAUAUCAUCUCCUUGGAUUUGAGCAUUGCUCAAGUUUAUGAGCAAGUAUGGAAGAAGUCAAAUAGUCAAUCUUCAAACACCAUAUCUGGUGCUACCUUGCUUUCUUCUAAUGCAACCACAUCAGCCAGAGAUUGUCCGCCUAUGACAGUGACUUACCGGCUUCAGGGAUUAGAUGGUGAAGCUACAGAGCCCAUGAUUAAAGAAUUGGAAGAAGAUAGGGAGGAAUCACAAGACCCUGAGGUUGAGUUUGCAAUAGCAGGUGCAGUCCAGGAGUAUGGCGGACUUGAGAUUAUUUUGGGCAUGAUCCAGCGCUUGCGAGAUGAUUUGAAGUCCAAUCAAGAGCAGUUAGUUGCAGUGCUUAAUCUCCUCAUGCACUGCUGCAAGAUAAGAGAGAAUCGACGUGCCUUGUUAAGACUAGGAGCUUUAGGUGUACUACUUGAAACGGCAAGGUGUGCCUUCUCUGUGGAUGCCAUGGAGCCGGCUGAAGGGAUUCUUUUGAUUGUGGAGAGCCUGACAUUGGAAGCAAAUGAAAGUGAUAAUAUUAGCAUUACACAGAAUGCUCUUACUGUUAGUAGCGAAGUGGCUGGUGCUGGUGACCAGGCGAAGAAAAUAGUCCUCAUGUUCCUGGAAAGAUUGUGCCAUUCUUCAGGCCUUAAAAAGUCAAACAAACAGCAGAGGAACACUGAGAUGGUUGCAAGAAUUUUGCCUUACUUGACAUACGGUGAACCUGCGGCAAUGGAAGCACUCAUCCACCAUUUUGAGCCCUACUUACAAGACUGGGGUGAAUUUGACAGGCUGCAGAAACAGCAACAGGACAACCCAAAGGAUGAGGACAUUGCUCGGCAGGCAGCCAAACAAAAGUUUGCAUUGGAGAAUUUUGUCAGGGUUUCAGAGUCACUCAAGACAAGUUCUUGUGGAGAAAGAUUGAAGGACAUUAUCUUGGAGAAGGGAAUUACUGGUGUUGCAGUUAGACAUCUGACAGAUAGUUUUGCAGUUGCUGGGCAGGCUGGCUUUAAAUCUAGUGCAGAAUGGGCAUCAGGUUUAAAACUGCCAUCAGUCCCACUUAUCUUGUCUAUGCUGAGGGGAUUAUCAAUGGGACAUUUGGCCACUCAAAGGUGUAUUGAUGAGGGAGGCAUCUUAUCACUGCUCCAUGCUUUGGAGGGAGUCACUGGAGAAAAUGAGAUUGGAGCUAGGGCUGAAAACUUGUUAGACACUCUGUCUGAUAAAGAAGGGAAGGGGGAUGGAUUCCUAGAGGAGAAGGUUUGCAAGUUGAGGCAUGCCACCAGGGAUGAGAUGAGGCGUCGAGCUCUAAGAAGAAGAGAGGAGUUGCUUCAGGGACUUGGAAUGCGACAGGAACUAGCUUCAGAUGGUGGUGAGCGCAUUGUUGUCACUCGUCCACUUCUUGAAGGUUUGGAAGAUGUGGAGGAAGAGGAAGAUGGGUUGGCUUGCAUGGUGUGCAGAGAGGGUUAUAGCUUGAGGCCUACUGACAUGUUGGGUGUCUACUCUUAUAGCAAGCGUGUGAACCUGGGUGUCACUUCAGGAAGUGCCCGGGCUGAGUAUGUUUACACAACUGUUAGUUUUUUUAACAUCAUACAUUUCCAGUGUCAUCAGGAGGCUAAAAGGGCAGAUGCAGCUCUGAAGAAUCCAAAGAAAGAGUGGGAGGGGGCUGCCCUCAGAAACAAUGAGAGUUAUUGCAAUUCCCUAUUCCCUGUGAGAGGUCCAUCUGUCCCAAUAACGCAGUACAUCCGCUAUGUUGAUCAGUACUGGGACAACCUUAAUGCUCUUGGGCGUGCUGAUGGGCCCCGACUCCGAUUGCUGACUUAUGACAUUGUUCUGAUGCUGGCUCGAUUUGCCACAGGUGCAUCAUUCAGCUUGGAGAGCAGAGGCGGUGGAAGAGAAAGCAACUCCCGCUUUCUCCUUUUCAUGAUUCAGAUGGCUCGCCACCUUUUUGAUCAGGGAAACAUCACCCAGCGGGCAAUGGCCAAGACCAUAACAACAUAUUUGACCUCUUCCUCAUCUGAUUCCAAACCCUCCACUCCUGGGAUGCAACCUUCCAUUGGUACAGAAGAAACAUUCCAAUUCAUGAUGGUGAACUCGCUUCUCUCAGAAUCUUAUGAUUCCUGGUUGCAGCACCGACGUGCCUUCUUGCAGCGUGGAAUAUACCAUGCAUACAUGCAGCACACUCAUGGCCGGUCAACAUCCCGUGCAUCAUCCAAUCCAACAGCUGUUAUAAGAUCAGAAUCAGGAAGUAGCAGCGGAAGUGGAAGCACUACCACGGAAGCUGGGAGUGGUGAUGAUCUAUUGGCCAUUGUCCGCCCCAUGCUUGUUUACACUGGCUUGAUUGAGCAGCUGCAGCGGUUUUUCAAGGUAAAAAAAUCGGCAGCAAAUGUGUCAUCCGUCAAAGCAGAAGGACGAUCUACUGAAAUAGAAGGAGAAGAAAAUAAAAACUUGGAAGGUUGGGAGAUGGUCAUGAAGGAGAGGCUGUUGAAUGUAAGGGAGAUGGUGGGGUUUUCAAAGGAGUUGCUGUCAUGGCUUGACGAGGUGACCGCUGCCACAGAUUUGCAGGAGGCUUUUGACAUCAUUGGUGUUUUAUCUGAUGUUUUAGCCGGUGGUUUAACCCAGUGUGAAGACUUUGUGCAUGCUGCAAUUAAUGCAGGGAAAAGCUGAGAGAUUAAAUAGAAUCAAGGGCAUGGAUUGUGUUGUAACUUUUUAACCCAUGUGCCGUGAUUAUGUGCUCAUUUUGUCACGGACAGGGACAUCCCCUCAAAAUCUGUGACAAACUGAAAUUUGAGUCUGUAGAACCUUUAUGGCUCCCUUGGCAAUGAAAAGUUUUUCCUGCACUAA